GCUCUCAUUCGCUGUAUGUGACGGGUAACUGCAAAGCAUUAUGGGAUACUGGCGUACACAACAACGGACCUACUGUGAUGGCGACCAACAUUGAGCAGAUUUUCAGGGAUUUUGUUAUGAAUAAGAUUAAAGAAAUUGCAGAUGAAUCUGAAGAUAACAGUCGUACAGAAGAGCCGCAAUCUAAACCUGUCACAGAAUCUAAACAGGAUGGACUUGAAACAGGACAAAUGAACAUAACAACAGAUAAUAUCAUGCUCAUUGACCCGGUGGAUGAUCACGGUAUAGAGGAUAACAGCACCAAGCACAGGAAAAACAAGAAGCACAAAAAACAUAAAAGUAAAAAGAAGAAGAAAAAACGCAAAGGAAGGAAAAGACAGCAGCACAGAGACACAGUCCGACAGAGAGAUUCAAGAUGGUGGGAAGAAAAAGAAAAGAAAGAAAAAGAAGAAAUACAGAGAUUGCAAACAGAAGAAACAACAGAGAAUGGAAAAAGUCCAUCAGUGGAUGUAAACUUGGACACCAAGUUGCCUGAGACUGUCACGGAUGGCUUAAAUUCUGAUCUUAAUGCGGUUGUUGUCAAAGGAUCUUGGCGACCGGUUCCCUUUUUAGUACAAAGUAGAGAUGUGCCAGAGUGCCAAUCUUCUCAGACGUGCAUUACACCCGAGGUGCCUUUUGAAGUGCUCAAUGUAUCUGCAGAACCCUCAACAGGUGCAUGUAAAGAUUCAGAGUAUAGCAUCAACCCUGACAUCAAAGUCAUCUUCACGGCACGAGGACAAGAAGUCCAAGUCCAGAUCACCCUCAGAAAGAAAGAAAAAGUCCAAGCAAAGCACAAACGGUCUAAAUCGAGGUCACCAAAAAGGAAAAGGUCAAGGUCUCGAUCAUCAGGCCGACGCAGGAGAUCAAGAACUCCAGACAGAAGCAAACGAUCUAAAUCAAGGCGGAAGUCGCGCUCUCGCUCGAGGAGGAGGUCUGGAUCCGGCUCGGGCUGGAGAAGAGGUUUCGGGAGUCGAACUUUAAAUCAAAGGGACAGAUGGAGACGGGAACCAAGCCGUUCUCCCGUUCUCAUUCUCCGGAAGAAGAGAUCGACGUCCAGAAAUCGCCGUAGCACCAGCAAGACGCCUCCACGUCUGACAGAGCUCGAUAAGGAACAGUUGUUGGAAAUAGCUAAAGCUAACGCUGCGGCUAUGUGUACCAAGGCGGGGGUGCCCAUUCCUGAGAGCCUCAGACCCAAAACUAUCCUCCAACUACCCUUGUCAGGUCCAAACUCUUCAUCUUUGUCCUUACCGUUGUCUGGGAGUCUCAUGACUAUGAACGCUGCUAUGGCUAGCAUGACUGCGGCCACUAUGAGUGCUGCUCUGUCCAGUUUUGGUGCUCUGGCUUCACUGUCACACAUGGCUCCAUUACCCACAAUCGUCAACAAGCCACCUGCGUCAUCAGCACCUAAUAGUCAACACCUAGCCAGUAUUGAGGAGGCCAAAAGGAAAGUAACAAAACAGGCUAACAGCUUCAGCAUCAAAGAGCUAACAGAGAGAUGCAAGAAGAUUGUUGAGAGCAAGGAGGAGAUGGCCAUUGCAAAACCACAUGUGUCAGAUGAUGAAGAUGAUGAGCAGGGGUUUGGGACAUCAUCCCUUAAGGAGACUAAGGGCAUUGCUUUCAGUCUUGGUAAUACCUCACUAAAGCCAGGCGUCCGAACUGAAGCUGUGUUUGCUAAGGAGUUCCCGGUGUCUUCAGGGUCACAGCACAGGAAGAAGGAGGCUGAUGGUGCCUAUGGGGAAUGGGUGCCAGUCGAAAAGAAAACAGAAAAGCCGCCUGCCUCAGGAUCUGCUGUGACUGAGGAACCCAGCAAAAGCAAUGACAGUGUCUUUCCUGAAGCACCUUUUCAGCCAGUGGACAUCACGUUGGCUGUCAGUGAGCGCGCUGUGGCCCAGAAGAGACUGGCGGAGAACCCUUUCGACAUCAACGCCAUGUGUAUGCUCAGCCGGGCUCAGGAGCAAGUGGAUGCAUGGGCCCAGUCCAACACUAUUCCAGGUCUCUUCACAGGCUCGACAGGUGCUACAGUUCUCUCAUCCGAAGAGCUGUCUAACAGCGGUCCACAGGCUUGGAUUAAGAAGGAUCAAUUCCUGCGGGCAGCACCUGUCUCGGGUGGGAUGGGCGAGUUUCUUAUGAGAAAGAUGGGAUGGCGUUCCGGUGAGGGUUUGGGGAAGCACAGGGAAGGCACGGUGGAGCCCAUCAUCAUUGACUUUAAAACAGACCGUAAAGGUCUUGUUGCCGAAGGGGAAAAAACCCAGAAAUCUGGUAACCUUGUUGUGAUGAAGGAUCAUUUAGGAAAACAUCCAGUGUCUGCUUUAAUGGAGAUGUGUAAUAAGAAGAAGUGGCCACAGCCAGAGUUUGUCAUGGUGCACCACAGCGGACCUGACCACCGCAAGAACUUCCUCUUCAAGGUAGUGGUUAAUGGGAAUGAUUAUCAGCCACAGACUGCCAGUCCCAAUAAAAAACACGCCAAGGCCAUGGCUGCCACUGUCGCCCUUCAGGCUAUGGGAGAGGUCGCAGGUGAAGGCGUUCAUACCGGACCUGUGUUUACUGCUGCUACUAACAUCUGAUGACAGAACACAACACAAACUUUAAUAGACUGAAAUCAGAGAUUUCAUUUCUUGUGCUGAUGAUAUAAGCUUGAUCAAUCAUGUCUUUGGGGUUUUCAAACCCUCCCCUGGUAUCAGCUAACUGUGAUGGCCUUUGCAUGCCAGUUGAGAUGAGCAUGCAGAUCAGUAAUGAGAAAAUGUUUGGAUUCCAGAGAUGUCUGAUAUCUUUUGAUGUUCGACUGAACUGUUUUAAAACUGUGGAUGUUUUUAGUUUCUGUUGUGUCUGUUAUUGUAGAUGUUUUAAUUUAUUAUUGGUGAUCAUUUCAUCCUUUAAAUCAUUUUGUUUACAGUCAGACCAGCUGAAGCCCAUGACAUCUAGUUAGGAAGGCAUGUGUUUUGUUUUGGGGUUUUGUGCUGAAACUGAAUAAAUGGAAAGUCUACGAAAAUUA